AUGCAGCAUCCACGCCAGAGUAGACAUGGCGGCCAUCCUCAUCACACGCCCAUGAUGCCGUUUACGCCCCUUCGAUCUCUUAGACGGGAAUUAGCCAUUAUGUUCGGAUUUAUUGGUUUGUCCAUUUUGACCAUGGCUGUGUACUGGGUCUUUUGGCAAUUUGCUCAAAAACGCAAUGCCGCAAAGGAACGUGCUCGUCGUGAAACGUUCGCUGCGCGGGAGAGAGCUGCGGCGAACAUGUCCGAGUCGAAAAGGUCGCAUCAGCGUAGCCCAAACGGUAGCCAUGAUCGAACAUUGAAUAUCGAAGCUUCAGGGAGGGUGGCUCGAAAUGGGAAUAGUGAUGGGGGGUUAGGAUUUGGAGAUAUUCGGGAAAAUCUGGUCGUGUGA